UCUCUCUCUCUCUCUGUCUCUCAUCUCUCUCUGUUUCUAUCUACAUUGCCUUCUUUUUUCUGAUGCUUGGAGCUAUCAACUUUGGGAGUUAAGAGUUUUGAAUAAAUUGAGAGAGAAUGAGUAGUGAGGAGCUAACAAUGCAAGGGGACAUGGAGGGUGGGAUUGGCUCAAGCCCACAAGAGGAGAAAAUAUUUGUUUCGAUUAGAGUGAGACCUUUGAAUGAAAAGGAGAUAUCGAGGAACGAUGUUUCUGAUUGGGAAUGCAUCAAUAAUACCAGCAUCAUAUUCAAGCAUACCCUGCCCGACCGCGCCAUGUUUCCUACAGCCUAUACCUUUGAUAGAGUAUUUGGGGCUGACACCCCUACAAAGCAGGUGUAUGAAGAAGGAGCCAGAGCUGUUGCUCUUUCAGCAGUCGGUGGUAUUAACUCAAGCAUUUUCGCAUAUGGGCAAACCAGCAGUGGAAAGACGUACACCAUGACCGGAAUUACAGAAUGUGCAGUAGCAGAUAUGUACAACUACAUUGAUAUGCAUAAAGAAAGACAAUAUUUGUUAAAGUUCUCUGCUAUGGAGAUCUAUAAUGAAGCCGUUAGAGACCUCCUCAGCUCAGACAGUGGUCCACUUAGACUUCUAGAUGAUCCAGAGAAAGGUACUGUUGUUGAGAGACUUACAGAGGUCACUUUGAAGGAUUGGAGCCAUCUGAAGGAGCUCCUUUCCAUCUGCGAAGCUGAAAGGAAGAUAGGAGAGACUUCUCUAAAUGAGACUAGCUCCAGAUCUCAUCAAAUUAUGCGACUGACAAUUGAAAGUACUGCUCGUGAAUAUAGAGGAAUGGAAAAUUCAAGCACUCUUGCAGCUCAAGUGAAUUUUGUUGAUCUUGCUGGUAGUGAGCGCGCUUCUCAGACAUUAUCAGUUGGUACAAGAUUGAAAGAAGGUUCCCACAUAAAUCGCAGUUUACUAACCCUUGGAACUGUAAUCCGCAAAUUAAGCAAGGGAAGAAAUGGGCAUGUUCCUUACAGAGACUCUAAGCUGACACGAAUUCUGCAGAACUCCCUGGGAGGCAAUGCCAGAACAGCCAUUAUUUGCACCAUGAGUCCUGCACGCAGUCACGUUGAGCAAUCAAGAAACACCCUCUUGUUCGCGAGUUGUGCGAAGGAGGUGACUACUAAUGCACAGGUCAAUGUGAUGAUGUCAGAUAAGGCUAUGGUAAAGCAAUUGCAGAGAGAAUUGGCUAGGCUGGAGAAUGAGUUGAAGAGCUUAGUAUCAGGUUCCAUCACAUAUGAUUUUGCUGCCUUACUGAAGGAGAAAGAUCUUCUGAUUGAAAAGAUGGAUCAAGAGGUUAACGAAUUGAAACAGCAACUAGAUCUUGCUCAGUCUCAGGUCGAGAAUAGACAGCAAUCAGAUGGAGAAGAUAGAAUUCUAAGAAUUCAUGAUUAUUCGGUAUUAGAAUCAUUGAAUCUAGUCAAUCCUCCUCAUCUCAAUUUAAGUCCCAGAACAAGCAAUAUGCCUAGAGAUUUUGACGAGCCUAACACGCUUAAUUCCAGCCAGAAUUACCAAAAGAUUCCUGAAGACAACUUCCUGCUGGAUAGUACUCCUAAGUUUGUUGGCCCUAAUCCAUAUAAGGUUUGGGAGGAGAUUGCUCAAAGGGCUGACGCAGAAUCUGAAGAUAGCUGCAAAGAAGUGAGAUGCAUUGAAGUGGAGGAAUCACAAAUGGAUGAAAAAAUAGAAGCCACUCCUUCCUUACAUGGUCCUAAAGAAAUAGCUGGACAAUUACCCUUGCAAGAGGUAAUGAAAGAAGACACUGUAACAUCUCCACAGAAGGGAGUAAAGGAGGCUAUGAGUGAAGAUGCUAUAACAUCCCCACAGAAGGGAACUAAGGAGGCUAUGAGUGAAGACGCUAUAACAUCCCCACAGAAGGGACCUAAGAAGGCUAUGAAUGAAGAUGAAAUAUUGUCUCCAUAUAAGCAAUAUAAGAAGGUUAUGAAUGAACGCGCAUUAUCAUCCUUAGAAAAGGAAGCUAAAGAGUUGAGUAAAAAUGCCAAUGUAGAUUGCACUUACGAUGAUCUGAAGGAAAAAAUUCAGAGCAUGCAAAAGGCCAUCAGCUGUCUUAUCAGUUUCUGUCCUUCAGAGCUAUCUCCAAGUUCAUCUGAAGCAUUUAUGACUAAAUCUGGAAGCUUGAAAUUAACUAGAAGCAGAAGUUGCAAGCCAAGUCUCUCACCCAUGCCAUCUUAUAACUUCGAGAAGGCAGAACGGAAUGAGAACUCACUACCUGUUUUGCUUCCAAAGGUCUUCCAUGAAAGACCAGAAGACGAUCAACAAAAGAUUGCUGCAUCAAAGUUUAGUUCCAAUGUUGGAAAAUUGUCUAGAAAAAGUUCCCAAAGUUCUUUUAAGAGUGAUUGGACUGAAUCUCAAUACAGUGACAAGUCUGAUUCAGAGGAUACUAGAAGCAUUCUCAGUUUUGCUACAGAAACGAGUGAAGCAGCCAGACGUCAGUCCAAGAAACAAUAUGAUGAAAUGGUACAAAGGGCCAGAGCCAUGACCUAUGAAUCCAGAGACAAUGUAAAAGAUGCUGGCCUGGAUGCUUUGCAGCCUGGCUUUGAUUGGUCCAUCGAGUUUGAGAGGAAGCGGAGAGUCAUAAUUGAACUUUGGGAUGCAUGCAAUGUACCACUGAUCCACAGAACCUAUUUCUUCCUUCUCUUUAAAGGUGAACCUUCAGACUCUGUGUACAUGGAAGUAGAGUACAGAAGGUUGUCCUUUCUCAAGGACACAUUUUCACAUGGAACUAGCAGAACUAAAGAGAGUGAUCCAGCUUUAAGUGCAAAGGCUCUCAAACAAGAGAGGGUAAUGUUGUGCAGGAAAAUGCAGAAGAAGUUCUCAAAAAAGGAACGAGUACUCCUUUACCAGAAGUGGGGUAUUAAGUUGAACACAAAGCAAAGGUGCCUACAAUUGACAUACCUCUUAUGGAAGGACACAAAAGACAUGAACCUUAUAAAGGAGAGUGCUUCCCUUAUUGCAAAUUUGAUGGGGUUUGUGGAACCAGGACAAGCCCCCAAGGAGAUAUUUGGACUCAGUGUCAUACCUCAACCAGUAAACCAGAGAGCGUUUAAGUGGAAACACAGUUUGUCUAGUUUGUCUUCUGUAUCAUAAGUUUGUUGGAAUUAGGGAGGUACAUUUGUUGAUAUUUGGUCCCGCUUUGCUGUUCACUGGUUCAAAUGAGCUUAUAGGGUGUUCAGUUUUAUCUCCAAUUCUA